AUGGAGGAGAGGGCUGCGAAGAAGAGGAAGAUGUCUCAGGACACACAGGAAGGCAAUGAGCUGAGGAUGGAGACCAAGGAGGGCAAAUCCCCCCAGCAGAACCUCGUGGAAGAGGCUGUUUUGAGCGGCUCCACAGCACAGGAAUCCAACGAGGAGGAAAAGCCCCGGAUAUCCCACAAAAAACAGGGGUCCAAAGCCAGCUUAAUGAUCCACACUGGGGAAUGGCCCUAUGAGUGUGGGAAAUGUGGGAAGGGCUUCAGCAAGUGCUCCCACCUGGUUCAGCACCAGCGCAUCCACACCGGGGAGAGGCCCUACAAGUGUUCUGAGUGUGGGAAGAGUUUUCAGAGCAGCUCCAAUCUCCUCCUGCACCAGCGGAUUCACACGGAUGAGAGGUUCUUCCACUGCCUCAAGUGCGGGAAGGGCUUCAAGCGAAACUCCCACCUCAUCAGGCACCAGCGCAUCCACACUGGGGAGAAGCCCUAUAAGUGUCCCGAGUGUGGGAAGAGCUUCUCCAAUAGCUCCGACUUGAGCAGACACCAACUCAGCCACCAGUAA